UUCAAGUUCUAUUUUAAUUUUUAUUUUUUGUUUAUAUUUGUUUGUCAAAUUGUCAUAUGUUUUAGUAACUGAUUGUUUUUUUAGUCUGUCAGGUUUCUUCUCUACUAUGCUGCAGAUGUAUAAUUAAUUAAAACUGAAAAAGACAAUGGAUUCAAAAAGUGAUUCUGAGGAUGGUGAUGAGUUCUGUUUAAAGUUGGAUACAAUCCCACCAGAGAUAUUUCUUCAUAUAUGCUCAUUCAUUAGUGCUAAAUUUGUUAUCAAUGUUUUGAGCAAAGUUUGUCAACGAUUUCAUGAUAUUAUUGAAAGUGACACUACUUGGAGAAUGAGAAUAUAUAAAAUGUGGCCCAAACAAUAUCCAUUAAUUCCAGAUCCUUCUCUGGAUUGGAAAGAAGCUUGUAUAGAAAGAGAAGAACAUUAUGAUCUGUGGAAAAAUUCUGGUGAAAAUAUGAGAAUUUUCCAUUUAAAAGACGCACAUUUUGGUUCUGUUAAUGUUGUGAAUAUUUUGGAGGAUGGUUGGAUUUGUGCCUCUGGUGGAAGAGAUGGAGCAUUAAAAUUAUGGAAUGUUUCAAAUCUGAAAGAAACACCAGAACCUGAUGAUUAUAAAUCUUGCCUUUUAAAUUCCAAAGCAGCUGCACAUGGCAAUGCAUGGCUUUGGUCCAUUGCCUAUGAUAAGCAAAAUAAAAUGUUAUAUUCCGGUGGAUUUGACUGUAAUAUAAAAACCUGGGAUCUUGACAAUCCAUCUCUUCCAGUUACAUCAUAUGGCCUUUCAUCACCUAUUUUGUGCCUUUCAUUUUCUCACAAUUCUUUAGCAUGUGGUUGUUAUGGACGAAGUGUUAGUUUAUUUGAUCCUAGAGUGAGCCUUCAACCUGUGAUACAACAUAUACAUCACAAGAAACCUGUCAUAUGUAUUGCAUCUGAUGAAAAAUUUAUUAUAUCUGGAAGUGAAGAUAAAAGUGUUGUUGUGUAUGACAAAAUUGCCCGAAAAGCAGUGAAGACUAUACAGUUUGAAGGAUUUCCUCUUUCAAUGUCUUAUGACUUUCAUCAGUUAUUAGUUGGUGAUGUGUUGGGAUUUUUUCAUGUUAUUGACCCUACUGAACAAAGUUUCGAAUUAGUUCAAACUUAUGAAACUGGGCAUAAACUCAAAGUGACUGGUAUACAGCAUUCCCUUGGUUCCAUAAUCACCUGCUCAACAGAUAAAACCAUUCGAAUUUUAGAGCCUAAUGCUGAUCCACAACCGAUUGCUGUAUUAAACUGCGCUUCUGAAGUUUCAAAGAUAUCUGCUUAUAAAACUAUUUUAGCUAGUGCAAAUACGGAUGAUUCCAUAACCAUCUGGAUACCUGAGGAAGAAUGUUCCUGAAUCAAAUUGCUUCAUUGCUUUUUGCUCCUGCUAUGUGAUACUAAUAGAUAUUUUUAUAAAAUUUUGUUCAUAUUUUUAAUAUUUUUUAAUAACUUAUUUCUGUGCCUUUUCAUUAUUUGUAAAAAAGAAACUUUUUUUUUCCUGUUUAGGGGAGGGGGGAUCUUUGUUACGUGAAGGUUACUCUAGUCUUUAAUAUAGUCUUGUGUGAUAAAUAUGUUAUGUUGAAGAAAAUAAUUAUUAUUUGUAAGAAAGCUUUUUAUAAGAUCACAGUUCAAUACCUUAAUUUUUUCAAUUUAGUGAUGUUUAUUUAUUGAAAUACUUUUCUCUCCCAAUUCUGUUGAGAUAUAACUGGAAUGGAUAAAAUUUAUUUUCUUCUGUUCUUAUUAAAAUGAAUGUAUGGAGAAAAGAUGAUUUUAUUAUUAUUAUUUAUCUAAACUUUAUACUUUUCUUUUCCUUUUUUACAAAAAGAGGAUAUAUAUUGUAGGGAACAUCUUGCAUUUUAGUUCAAGUUGGACAACUAUUUACUUUAGAAACUUUUUACAUUCUUAAAAAUUAGAUUUUUUUUAUCUAGUAAAAAAGGGAAAGAAAAACUAAACACAAAAUUUAUUAUUUUUUAAGAAACUUACCAAGUAAGUCAUUUAUGAAUUUGUUUGUUUAUUAUUUAAAGUUUCAAAAUAUAUGAAUCUAACUAUCAAAAACAUUUGAAUAGUAAUAUAGUUAAAUUAAUAUAUUGUUUCAUUUCAAGCCAUCUGAUUUAUUACA